AUUUGCGACAAUAAGUAUGCGGUAACACUUAUUUUAUAACACCCCGAUCUGGGGACGUUGCCACCUAACGUUCGUUGGGUGAACAGUCCACUGCGCCUGCGCGGUUUACCGGACAAGAUGGCGACCAGCAAUGGUGGAGGAAUGGAAGUUGAUGGGGCAGCCAGUCCCAGUGUUAUGGCCUCGGGGGUCACCGGGAGCGUUUCUGUGGCCUUACACCCCCUGGUUAUCCUCAACAUAUCCGACCACUGGAUACGCAUCCGCUCACAGGAGGGACGGCCGAUGCAGGUGAUCGGAGCCCUGAUCGGGAAGCAGGAGGGUCGGAACAUCGAGGUGAUGAACUCCUUUGAGUUGCUGUCUCACACCAUAGAUGAACGAGUGCAUAUUGACAAGGAGUAUUACUAUACCAAGGAAGAACAGUUCAAACAGGUUUUUAAAGACAUGGAGUUCUUGGGUUGGUACACCACAGGCGGGCCCCCCGACCAAUCAGAUAUCCACAUUCACAAGCAGGUGUGUGAGAUCAUUGAGAGCCCUCUCUUCCUCAAGCUCAACCCAAUGACCAAGCACACCGACCUUCCUGUUAGCGUUUAUGAAUCUGUGAUUGACAUCAUCAAUGGCGAGGCUACCAUGUUGUUUGCUGAGCUGACGUACACUCUGGCCACAGAGGAAGCAGAGAGAAUCGGCGUCGACCACGUAGCUCGAAUGACAGCCACUGGCACGGGGGAAAACUCAACAGUUGCUGAACACCUCAUAGCCCAGCACAGUGCGAUAAAGAUGCUCCACAGCCGGGUGAAGAUCAUUCUAGAGUACGUCAAAGCCGUGGAAGCAGGAGAAGUGCCAUUUAACCAUGAGAUCCUUCGAGAAGCGAAUGCCCUGUGCCACAGACUGCCGGUCCUGAGCACCACAAAAUUCAAAACUGACUUCUACGAUCAAUGUAACGACGUGGGCCUCAUGGCCUACUUAGGCACCAUCACCAAGACCUGCAACAGUAUGAACCAGUUCAUCAACAAGUUUAACGUCCUGUACGACAGACAGGGCAUCGGCCGGAGGAUGAGAGGACUCUUCUUUUGAGCCGGUAGUUAGCCAAGGCAGAGACAAACAAGCACUGCAGUUUCUUUUUCUCUGUUUUGUCUUUGUUUUUUCUUUUGGUUGUUUUUUUUGUUGUUUUUUCUCGUUUUUGGUUUGUUUUUGUAUUUUUGUUAGCUAAGACAAAUUACUAAGCCAACAGUAGCUUUCCAAACCAUUUUACCAUUUUCAAACACAAGUGUAUCGAAAAGCACUUCAUCACACCAACCAGUAGGAGAUACGUUCAGAAUCGCUCAACUCUCUCUCGGGUAUGCACAGAAAUGAAUCCACUGUACAUUAACGUUAUAUUAUUUUACCCUGUCUUUAUUGUCUCAUGUUUCUGUAUGUAAUAAAUGAUCUGCUGAUUUUUUUUC